AUGUUUGAUCCAACAAGAAAACACCAUAACCCCAACAAUUCAUUCGAUUUGUACGAUGAAACAAGACACGAAACAUGGGAAUCUGCUAAUUCUAAUAACAUGUGGCCUUUAAAACAACCUCAAUUGUGUAUGGAUGAUGACGAUGAACCAGAACAAGAACCUCGAUGGGGUAUGAAUUCUCCGCAUUACAGAAGUCUUUCCCCUGUUUCGAGAACCGAAGCUAUAAUCAGAGGACAAAAGGAACUCAUGGAAAUGGUUCGGAACAUGCCUGAAUCAAACUAUGAACUUUCAUUGAAGGAUCUUGUUGAACAUCACCAUAGGGCUGUUUCGACCACCACAGAAGAAAAUAAUAAUAAUUCAGAUGAGAAGAACAAGAAUAAGAACAAGAAGGUUGAUGAUGAUAAGAAGGUACCUGUGAAGAGAAAUGGGAAAGUUGAUCGUGGAGGUUUUUACCUGAAAGUGGCUUUACCUUUUAUUUUUUUGGGAUCUAAUAAAGAGGAAAAGAAGAAAAAAAAUGAGUCAAAAGUUUCACCAAAACCAUCUAUUUGUGAUGGAUCGGUAAAGGAGAAAGAGUGGUGGAAGAAGAGUACUCCUUUGGUUUAUAAAGAGAGCGAUGAUAGUGCUGCAGAAUCUAGUAUCGUUAGUAAUGGAAGCUUGAAAAGCACUAUAAGUAGUAGUAGCAAAAGUAGUAGCAGCAGAAGCAGAAGAAUAAGAAGCAGGCGCGAGAAGAGUGGUGGUGGUUGCUGGAGUUUGUUUGGCAAGACCAAAAAUCAGAAGAAAAGUACUGUGUGA